CAGUGCACUUCCACACUCCUACGAAACGGCAGCUUUCCCCGGAUAGUUCUCGGCAUACUCUACAAUGGGUGUUCCAAACAACAGCCUGCAUGAGCUGGAACGCCAGCGCCUCGAACUCGAGGGGAACAUCUCGAAGCUACAAGAUUCCCUCUACCACUGGAGGACGUGGGAGGCCGAAUACGAUGGCCUCAAAGACGAGAUAAACGAGCUGGACGACGAUGCGACAAUGGAUGACUACCUCCGAGUAGGACGCGACUUUGGUGGCUCCCUGGUCAAUGAAGAGGAAGUCAAAGUGAUUUUGGGAGAGAAACAAGGCGUGACGCGAACCAAGCAACAGGCGGUUGAUCUGGUAACGAGGCGAAUCGACUACGUGAAGCAAAAUGCGUCGACUAUAGAGAAACGGCUACGUGCGGCAGAGGAUCAACUGUACGCGCUCGACUCCCAAGAUCGGUUACCGGUGGAACCUACGGCGGACUUUCCUAUGACUGAGAUUUUCGAAGAACUCGAUGAAAAUGGCGAGAUUAUUUCAAGCAAGACAACAACACCCGGCAGCGAGGCCACCGAUCUUUUGGAGGUUUUGAAGAAGGCUGGUGUGAAGGAUAUACCUGAUGUGGCUAAGGCCGAUACUGGCGUAUCGAGCUCGUCUCAGCAAGUCACUCAGACUACGGAGGAGGCGUCUUCCGCAAAUAGUCUUGGGAAAGAUGAUACAUCCGCCAGCGAGGAGCCCUCCGUCAAAUCUGGAAGUGAUGCGAAAAACACAGGCUCUGCGUUAGACCCGACCGUCGAAGUUCAUGGCGAGCGUCCUGUUAUGGAAGUCGACGAGUCUCCGGAAGAUGCUAAAUUACGCCGUGAGAUGCUCCAGUAUAGUCUGAACGAAGUCGGGUCUGUCGUGGCGGAGCUUGAGUUGGACGAAGACGCAAGUGAUAUUUCUGUUGAUGAGGACUAUGAUGCUUAUGAUUAUGACGAUGACGAAGAUGAAGAGGAGGACGAAUACGGAAGGAGCACUAGGCGUGUUUUGAGCGAAGACUAUCACCGUCAGAUGCGCGAGCUGGAGGAAAAGCUCAAUGCUCGGGGAAUGUGGAAUGCCGGAAAAGACACGCAAACGCUUCCGACCGAAAUCAAGCAAGACCUAGAUCAGCCCAGUGUUGUUCGUGUCGAGAAUAAGGCAGACACGAGUAGCGAGCCAGUCAAGGAGAAAAAACCGAAGAAGAAGGUUGCUUUUGCUGACGAACUCGACAUCGCUCCGGCUUCCAAGCCUACAGUUGUGGAGAAGAAGGUCGCUCCGGUCCGAGAGUCUAACGUGCCUGUUCUUCAGGAUGCUGUUGUUGAACGCACAGAACCUGCUCGGAAAGAAUCUGUGCAGAGUGACGCCCCGAAGAAAGUAUCCCGGUUCAAGAGUGCCCGGAAAACCAACAACGCGACUGAAGACGCCACUGCGUCAACAACCCAACCUAGCAACACUUCUCGACCUGCCGAACCUCGCUCGGCUCUACGCAAGACUGAGACAUCUACCACUGGGCCAGCUCUACCUCUGUUCCCUGCUAAACCAGCGGAACCCAAGCCCUUCUCCCAGCCUAUCUCCGACAUCGUGGAGCAAGAAGACCCUACACCCAGGGGCCCCGAAGGGAAGAUUCUUGCCGAUACGCUCGUUGAACGGGAGACCCCAGCAGGUCCAGCAGUAGCACCAGAGCCCGAUGAGCUCGACGAGCAGCUGCAUAAGAAGGAGAUUGCAACAGAGUUCUACAAGAUCCGGAACCGCAUGAUCCAGCAAAAUGGCGGCUUCGUAGGCGAGGAGCCGGAAAUUGUGCCGAUUGAGACUGAGGAUGCGCCUAGACGGGUGAGCAAAUUCAAGGCUGCCCGCAUGAGGUAAGACUCAGAUAGAACGAAACCCAAACAGAUACCCAAUAUAUACCGAUGCACAGAUGCAUGAUACUGCGACCUUUUCAUUCUACUAUUGUGCCGUAGAAAGGACCGAAACCAAGGUAGUCUCUGCCUUGGCAUGAAUAUACCACUUUCCCAUGGUAUAGUCAUUCAAACUUCGAAGUCCAAGAAUGAAGAAUAGGGCUCUCUGACUGUGCUUCCGUUACUGGGUGUAUUGGGCUCAAUUGAGUACUUACGGCCAGUUACAGAUGGAGACAUGGUUACGUUUCACCCUCGACAUCCUACACAUAUAUAUACCAUGAACCUUCUCAAACUCUCUGUAGGAGUGGUUGUGGCAAUAGUCUAGGUCUAAUGUGAACCAUGUACCUGGAUAACUAUAAGAUUUCUGCCUUAUGUCCAGUUUCCAUGGGAUGGGGUAUAAAUAAGCGCUGUUUCUCCGCAGUUAAGCAUCUAUCAAUGAUACCCAGAUACUACCUGAUAUCCAAG